AUGCAUGCGGCGGCGGGCCGCGCAGGGAGGAGGGAGCAGGUGCGGUUUGUCUCGGCGAGCCAGUUCGGCGCGGGCGCGUUUUUGAACGCGAUCCCGACCCGCGCGCACUUCCGUCUGCCCUCGUACGUGCUGCGCUUCGCGCUGCAGCGCCGCUUCGGAUUACACCUGUCGAUGAUGACGGACGUCAUGGCGGACGGCAUCUACAGCCAGCACGGUCUGCCCUUUGACGCCCUUGGCGACGUGGCGCAGAACGACGGCGCGGCGGGCCACCAGACGCGGCACAAGGAGGUCCUCCUGGACCUUGUCGAGCUGCUGCGGGGCAAGCUGGGGCGCGGCGCGGUGGAGCACGAGUUUCACUGCGAGCACAGCACUACGACGGGGAAAGCGGUUGGGGGAGGGAAUGUUGAUUUGCACAAACGGGAAUCCUGA